AUAAGCAACCCACGCUUGUUGCUGCGCGGGGAGGAGGCAGCGCCUUUGCUGGGGCUUGGAGGGGAGAUGGGGGGCUCCCAGCGGGUGCCCCCCUCCCGGCCCUGCCGCGCUUCCCUCGGCCCGCUGCGCUGCCAGGGCCGUCACCCCCGGGCGAGCAGUGGGGAGAAGAUGGCCGAGAAGGUGGUGGCCGGGGACCUGUUCCUGCGGCAGGCGCGGGAAUCGGUGUCGUCCCUGGACUCGGACAAGCUGUCCCCCGUCUCGCCCGAGGCGGGCGGCGAGGAGUCGUCGGACAGCGAGGGCGAGCAGGAGGGCAGCACCCACAAGCUCAUCCGCAAGGUGUCCACCUCCGGGCAGAUGCGGAGCAAGAAGAGCGUGAAGGAGGGGCUGCUGCUGAAACAGACGAGCUCCUUCCAGAGGUGGAAGAGGAGGUACUUCAAGCUGCGGGGCAGGACGCUUUAUUACGCCAAGGAUGCCAAGUCCCUGAUCUUCGACGAGGUGGACCUGUCCGACGCCAGCGUGGCCGAGACCAGCACCAAGAACAUCAACAACAGCUUCACGGUGAUCACGCCUUUCCGGAAGCUCAUCCUGUGCGCCGAGAACCGCAAGGAGAUGGAGGACUGGAUCGGCGCCCUGAAGUCUGUCCAGAAGUGGGAGAUCCACGAGGCCACGCAGUUCAACAUGGAGCACUUCUCGGGCAUGCACAACUGGUACGCCUGCUCCCACGCCAGGCCCACCUUCUGCAACGUCUGCCGCGAGGCCCUCUCAGGGGUCACCUCCCACGGCCUCUCCUGUGAAGUGUGCAAGUUCAAGGCACACAAGCGCUGCGCCGUCAGAGCCACCAACAACUGCAAGUGGACCACGCUGGCCUCCAUCGGCACGGAAAUCAUCGAGGACGAGGAUGGGGUGGCCAUGCCCCACCAGUGGCUGGAGGGGAACCUGCCCGUCAGCGCGCGCUGCGCCGUCUGCGACCGCACCUGCGGCAGCGUCCGGAGGCUGCAGGACUGGCGGUGCCUCUGGUGCAAAGCCAUCGUCCACAGCGCCUGCAAGGAGCUCUUCGGCAAGAGGUGCCCCCUGGGCCAGUACAAGGUGUCCAUCAUCCCGCCGACUGCCCUGAACAGCAUCGAUUCGGAUGGUUUCUGGAAGGCCACCUGCCCCUCCACCUGCUCCAGCCCUCUCCUGGCCUUCGUCAACUCCAAGAGCGGGGACAACCAAGGCGUCAAGUUCCUGCGCAAGUUCAAGCAGUUCCUCAACCCGGCCCAGGUCUUCGACCUCAUGAACGGGGGCCCGCACCUGGGGCUGCGCCUCUUCCAGAAGUUCUCCACCUUCCGCAUCCUGGUGUGCGGCGGCGACGGCAGCGUGGGCUGGGUGCUCUCCGAGAUCGACGCCCUGGGGCUGCACAAGCAAUGCCAGCUGGGCGUCCUGCCCCUGGGCACCGGCAACGACCUGGCGCGGGUGCUGGGCUGGGGCAGCCUCUGCGACGACGACACCCAGCUGCUGCAGAUCCUGGAGAAGCUGGAGAGGGCCACCACCAAGAUGCUGGACCGGUGGAGCGUGAUGACCUACGAAGCCCCCAAGCAGUCCCCACCGGCCCUGAAGGAGGAGGAGGACGGGGACUCCAACAUCCAGGCCCAGAUCUCCCACUACGCCGACUCCGUCGCCUUCCACCUGGCCAAGAUCCUGGAGUCGGACAAGCACUCGGUGGUGAUCUCGUCUGCCAAGUUCCUCUGCGGCACCGUCAAUGACUUCGUGGCUGAGGUUGGCCGGGCGUACAAGAGAGCGACCGAGAACAAGCAGGAGGCCGAGCUGAUGGCGAGGAAGUGCGCCAUGCUGAACGAGAAGCUGGACUCGCUGGUGCGGGAGCUGACCGAGGAGGCUCAGGCCAUCGUGGUCCCCGAGGGGACGCCGCAGGCCACCCUGGCCGACACCAAAGAGCUGGAGAAAGGCGGCUUCAACCCCAGCCCCGUGCCCCGCAUCUUCAAAUCCAAGGAGCAGCUGAUGCUGCGGGCGAACAGCCUGAAGAAAGCCCUGCGGCAGAUCAUCGAGCAGGCGGAGAAAGGUGAGGGGGGGCGGCGUGGGGGCGGCGAGGGGUCUGUGCCUCGGUUUCCCCAUCUGAAUCCUCAGCGUGGCAGCAUCGCUGUGCGGUCCCAGAGGAGCAUCACUCCUUCUCCGGGGCAUUUCUCUGAUGCCGGUGAAGAUCCCAAAUGCAGUGGCAGGCUGGCACGCAGCCCCAGGGAUGGGGGGCAGCUUUUGGGACAUGGGGCGGGUGCCCUGGGCCCGCUGCCAGGCCUGUGUUUGCACCCAGCUGUGGACGAGCAGAACAAGCAGACCCAAGCCUACCGUGCCAGCACAGUCCCCAGCAAGAAGGACAGCUCGGAGGAGCUCAAUAAGGAGGAGGAGAGGCUCUGUUCCCGGCGGGAGACGGUGACCUCCGCCACGUCGUCCAUCCUCCUGGAGCGGCCGGACACCUUCGGCAGCCUGCAGUUCCCCGAGGACCCUGGCGCGCUCCACUUCUCGGAGAAAUGCGUCAUGAACAACUACUUCGGCAUCGGCCUGGAUGCCAAGAUCUCGCUGGAGUUCAACAACAAGCGGGAUGAGCACCCCAAGAAGUGCAGCAGCCGCACCAAGAACAUGAUGUGGUACGGGGUGCUGGGCACCAAGGAGCUGCUGCAGCGCACCUACAAGAACCUGGAGCAGCGGGUGCAGCUGGAGUGCGACGGGGUGCCCAUCUCGCUGCCCAGCCUGCAGGGCAUCGCUGUCCUCAACAUCCCCAGCUACGCCGGGGGCAUCAAUUUUUGGGGAGGCACCAAGGAGGACAACAACUUCGGAGCCCCGUCCUUCGACGACAAGAAGCUGGAGGUGGUGGCCGUCUUCGGCAGCAUCCAGAUGGCCGUGUCGCGGGUCAUCAACCUGCAGCACCACCGCAUCGCCCAGUGCCGCGUGGUGAAGAUCACCAUCCGCGGGGACGAGGGCGUCCCCGUGCAGGUGGAUGGAGAAGCCUGGAUCCAGCCGCCCGGCGUCAUCAAGAUCCAGCACAAGAACCGAGCCCAGAUGCUGACCAGGGACCGGGCGUUUGAAAGCACCCUCAAGUCCUGGGAAGACAAGCAGAAGGGGGAGAGCUACCGUGCGGGCGCGCGGCCGCGGCUCAGCUCGCAGCAGUCCAUGGAGUACCUGACGGAGGAGGAGAGCAGCCUCCUGCAGCAGCUCUCACGGGCGGCCGAGAGCCUCAUCGCCAGGAUCCACGAGGCGGCCAAGGCUCACAAAGCCGUGGAGCAGGAGCUGGCCCACGCCGUCAACACCAGCGCCCUGGCGCUGAGCGAGGCGCUCUCCAACAAAGCCUCCAGCACCGCCGAGUUUCUCAGCAGGAACGCGGCCGUGGAGGUGGUGCUGAGCAUCAAGGCGCUCUACGCCGAGACCAGGGCGUUCCUGGAAGGGAAGGCGGUGAGUGCGGGGCCGGGGACCCCCCCGAGCCCCCCAGCUGAGGGGUCCCCCCCGCCGGCGGGUGGCAGCAGGGCUGGGGACGGUCCCUGUCCCCCGCAGCUGGACUCGCCCCAGGAGGAGGAGGCGCUGCAGGGCCCCCUGAGCGCGCUGGGCCAGGAGCUGCAGCGGCUGCUGGACAUCCACUGGCUGGUGCCCAUCGCCCACCCUGCAGAGGAGGAGAGCGGUGGCAGUGCCAACAAGGGCAGCUUCAAGCUUCGCCUCAACAUCCCCAAGCCCAGGAAGGACAAGGCGCAGAAGCAGAAGGCCAACAGCGCGCUGCCAGCGGACAAGUGGGGCGCUGAGGAAGUGGCGGCUUGGCUGGAAGCGCUCGGUUUAGGGGAGUACAGGGACAUUUUUGUCCGGCAUGACAUCCAGGGCUCAGAGUUGAUCCUGCUGGAGAGGAGAGACCUGAAGGACCUGGGCAUCACCAAAGUCGGCCACAUGAAGAGAAUCCUCCAGGCCAUCAAGGAGCUCAGCAACCCGCCCUAGGCUGGCAGCAGCGCAGGGGGCCUGGGUCCCCGCUGCCUCCUGUGUGUGUGUGGAGCCCCCCCGCUUGCCUUGCUUUGUCUGUUCGUCCCCCAGCGUCCCUGGAGCCGCUGCUUCUCGCCGAGCCUGCGAGGCUGGAGGCACCAAAGCGGAGAUUUGGUCCUGCCAGCACCGGAGUGGCGGGGUCACUACAGGAGCCAGGGAGCUGGGCUGCAGUGUGGGGCCAAAGCAGAGAUUCCCCCCCCCGCCCCCCUUUCCCCAGAUGGGUAUUUAAGCUGUGUAAAUAUUUGGAGAAGAAAUAUUUAUUGCUGCUG